ACCGAACUCAGGCGUCGGGGCUCUUUCCAUUAGCUCAAAGCUGUUUCGUUAUCAUACGAAAGCUUCUAUCGUUACUCUAUUCUAUACAUUCUCUGAUAACAGCGCCACUGCGCACUUAGCCCUUGCUGUGGUUAGGUACUGCUGCAGGCAGCUUCCCCCGUCACCAUGGCUCCAAGGGACACCUUCUUCCGGUCUUCGGACAUGAGCCUGACCCAGCUUUACAUUGCCAAUGAAAUCGGUAGAGAGGUUGUCAGUGCUCUGGGUGAACUUGGUCAGGUUGAAUUCAGAGAUCUCAACCCCGACACCAAUGCCUUCCAACGUACCUUCACAAAGGAGAUCCGUCGAUUGGACAAUGUGGAGAGACAGCUGCGCUAUUUCCACAGUCAGAUGGACAAGGCGAGCAUCCCCAUGAGAUCCUCCUCUGAAUUCUCGGAUACAUUGGCAGCGCCCUUGGCUUCGGAGAUCGAUGAACUGGCAGAACGGAGCGAAAGCCUCGAACAGCGGAUUGCCUCUUUGAACGAUAGCUACGAGACCUUGAAGAAGCGUGAGGUGGAACUCACAGAGUGGCGUUGGGUUCUGAGGGAGGCCGGUGGUUUCUUUGAUCGCGCCCACAGCCACACCGAAGAGAUUCGCCAGUCUUUCGACAAUGACGAGGCCCCACUACUUCGUGACGUCGAACACCAAGGUACCAACGGCGAUGCGCAGGGCCAACAGUCCUUCCUGGAGAUGAAUAUCGGCUUCGUGGCGGGUGUGAUUCCCCGGGAUCGGAUUGGCGCCUUUGAGCGAAUCUUGUGGCGUACGCUGCGUGGUAACCUCUAUAUGAACCAGUCUGAGAUCCCCGAGGCCAUCAUCGACCCCUCGACCAACGAGGAGUCUCACAAGAACGUGUUCGUCAUCUUCGCCCAUGGAAAGAGUAUCAUCGCCAAGAUCAGAAAGAUUUCCGAGUCUCUCGGCGCUUCGUUGUACAAUGUCGAUGAGAACAGCGAACUCAGACGCGACCAAAUCCACGAAGUCAACACCCGCUUGAGUGACGUUGGGAACGUCCUCCGCAACACGAAGAACACGCUCGACGCGGAGCUUACACAGAUCGCUCGCUCGCUCGCAGCUUGGAUGAUCAUUGUCAAGAAGGAGAAGGCAGUUUAUGAUACUCUUAACAAGUUCUCUUACGAUCAAGCUCGCAAGACCCUCAUUGCCGAGGCUUGGUGUCCGACCAAUUCAUUGGCCUUGAUCAAGUCGACCUUGCAGGAUGUCAACGACCGUGCUGGAUUGAGCGUGCCCACUAUUGUCAACCAAAUCCGAACCAACAAGACGCCCCCAACCUACAUGCGCACGAACAAAUUCACCGAGGCCUUCCAGACUAUUGUCAAUGCCUACGGUAUUCCCAAGUACUCCGAAGUCAACCCCGGUCUUUACACUGUCGUUACGUUCCCCUUCCUGUUCGCAGUCAUGUUCGGUGACUUCGGUCAUGGUACACUGAUGUUCUUGGCGGCCUCUGCGAUGAUCUUCUGGGAACGCAAGUUGCAGAAGACGAAGUUGGAUGAAUUGACGUACAUGGCUUUCUACGGCCGUUACAUCAUGUUGAUGAUGGGUAUCUUCUCCAUGUACACGGGUCUCAUUUACAACGACAUCUUCUCCAAGUCAUUCACUAUCUUCUCCAGUGCUUGGAAGUGGCCUGAGGACAUCCAGCAAGGACAGACUGUGAACGCGGCGCUGAAGGGCAGCGAUCGCUAUCCAUUCGGUCUCGACUGGAACUGGCACGGCGCGGAGAAUUCCCUGCUUUUCACCAACAGCUUGAAGAUGAAGAUGAGUAUCGUUCUUGGUUGGUCCCAUAUGACUUACGCUCUAUGCCUGCAAUAUGUCAAUGCGCGUCACUUCAAGUCCAAGGUCGAUGUUUUUGGUAACUUCAUCCCGGGAAUGAUCUUCUUCCAGUCUAUCUUCGGUUACCUCGUCCUCACCAUCCUCUACAAGUGGUCUGUGGACUGGGACGCUCGUGGACAGUCCCCUCCGGGUCUCUUGAACAUGCUCAUCUUCAUGUUCCUCAGCCCUGGAACUGUCGAGGAGCAACUGUAUCCUGGCCAAGCUGGUGUUCAGGUCGUUCUUCUGCUCCUCGCAGUCAUUCAGGUGCCCAUCAUGCUUUUCUUUAAGCCAUUCUACCUCCGCUGGGAGCACAACCGUGCUCGGGCUCUCGGAUACCGGGGUCUCGGCGAGCAGUCUCGUGUUAGCGCACUGGAAGAUGACGGUGACCUGGAUGGCCGCGCCCCCGGAGGCCGCGACAGCCUGGCCAGCGACGGCGAGGGAGUGGCGAUGAUCGCCCAGGAUAUCGGCGACGAGGAGCACGAGGAGUUCGACUUCUCCGAGAUCAUGAUCCACCAGGUGAUCCACACGAUCGAGUUCUGCCUGAACUGUAUCUCCCACACCGCGUCGUACCUGCGUCUGUGGGCGCUCUCCCUGGCCCACCAGCAGCUGUCCAUCGUGCUGUGGGAUAUGACCAUCGGCGGCGCCUUCAAGCAGGAGUCCGGCACCAUGCGCGUCCUCAUGAUCGUGGUCACCUUCUACCUCUGGUUCACCUUGACCAUCGCGAUUCUGUGUGUCAUGGAAGGCACCAGUGCCAUGCUGCACUCACUCCGUCUGCACUGGGUCGAAGCCAUGAGCAAGCAUUUCAUGGGCGAAGGCUUGCCGUUCAGCCCGUUCAGCUUCAAGACCCUCCUCGAGGAGGAUCCGGUGGAUUAGUUUCUUUUUGUCUUUUGGUCGGGUGGUCGUCUGUAUCUGUUGAUCACAGUCGCAGAUUGUACUGUACAUUCCUUUCGUUUUUUCCGUGUGUGUCCUCUGUUCCUAGCUAGCGUCUUGUCUUGGAUUAGACCGUUUACUCGCUCGGGUUAGUAACUAGAGCAUACGAUACGAUACUUGCAAUCAGAUCGUAGGAACUAU